GUGACUUCAUGAUUAUUUUCUUGUUCCCUCAACGUCUUCCCCUGUUUCUUGAUGAUCGCUAGUCGACUUCAUAUUCCUCGGGUUUUCGGUGUAUCCUCGAUCUUGCCCCCUCUCUCAUGUCUAGUUACCACACUCGCUAUGGAAUCCUGCAUUGCUCUCUCUCCCUGCAAUCUCUCGGUCUUUUUUGCCCUGUAUUGCUUACUUGACGACUAUCCCAGCACUGCUUUGUAUCGUAGUCUCAUGCUGGUAGAGCUACCAUUAUCAGAUAUCUGCAUAUUAUCCUUGGCGGUGUCAUGAACUAUAACGUGACCUCGUUAUCUUACGUGACAACCGCGGCUCCCUAUCAGUCCAAACAUUGACAAACCCCGUUUGGGCCGCGGCCCAGUAGUUUUUUGACCCUGCC